AAAGCUAUUAUUGUACUAUAGUUAUCUCUCCCUAUCUCUCCUUAUCUUUCUCCCGCAACAAGAUUGCUACUUAGAUAGUUGUUGCUAUUAUUAUUCAUAUUGCUGUAAUUAUCAUUAAUGUUUUCCGGUGUUUUUUGAAAUCGUUUUCACCAAAAUGGGCGAGGAGGAAAAACGGUAUUUGGACUUAUCGCCGCUUCAUAACGAUUCUGGUACUGCUAAUGGUGAUGCUGAUGGCAUUGACUGCUGCUGCUGCUGCUGCUGCUGUUGUUAUUAUUGUUGUUGUUAUAACGGUUAUCGCUAGACAUUUUGCGAAAUGAAGAUAUAAUGACUUGCUGGAACGAAUAGAUCUUGGCUCAGACGGUUCUUGCUGGCUGGCUUGCGCCAGUUGGCUGUUAGUGCACGUAGUAACUCUUCGCUCUCUCCCCAUCAUUCAAAACGAUAAUGACCUGAGGAGGAUUUCAUUUUCCGUCAGAUAGUUUGGCCAAAAACGGCCGAAGCAAUGCGAAUAACGGUCAUAGCAAUACUAGCAGAACGGAUAAUGCGUACGGCGCUGUAAUCGUUCUACAAGAAGAAUUUUCGUUGUCGUCUAGUAGAUCAGUGGCGGAGAUCUCAGCAGAUCUUCCGAGACAAGCUUCCGCGCGUUUGGCCGCUAUGAGCCGGAUGAGUCUCCGUUUGAGCCUGCGUCAUCACGAUUAUUGUGGCAACUUUCGCCUCGUCUUGCCCAACCAUCAAGGGAAAUCCGUUCGAUAUUCGUCGAUGGCAACGCCCUAUUGGAUAGAUUUUUGUUGCCAUUGAUGACACCCAAUCUCUCUCAAUAAAUGUGAAAUUUACCUUCUUUUUUUGCUCGCUUCAUUUUAAAAAGAGUAACGCAGUAUUUCAAAGGUAUUUCCGUUGUGUAGUACCUGGGAUGGCUUAACGUUGCGUAGCAAAUUCGGUUAGUGAUUUUCAACAACUUCUUAUUCUGUUAAUCGGUCGACAUCCUUUGGGUGUCGAGAGCGAAGCACCCUGGGGAACACUGCGUCCUUCUGAGAAUAUACAAGUUUGACUUUUCUGCUCUGUUGUUUGGAUCAUAUUCCGCUGUCAAGUAUCAAGGAAAUCAGUGCGUCCAUACCGAUGUAACAACAGCAGGUAAUGUCUCGUGAACACGUUGUUAUGGGCUCUUCAAGUCGGUCAGACCGUAUUCCAUCAUUUUACAGUGUUGGCUUUCGGUAGGAAGUGCUGCUUUAUCCGGCUGCACUUCUAAUAUAUGAAUAUGUGUAAAUGUGUUAGUCUAUGUGGCGUGUGAAAACUUGUCGGGCUAUCAGUGCAGCUGAAUCGUGUACAAGCAGUUUUUGGAUCACUUCUGCGAUGAGUAGGUAAGCUCUGGUGACAAAAUUACGUUAUGCCAGGUAACACCCAAUGGCAAAAAUAAGCGCAACUGGGUUUAAUUUGAACAGCCAGCCUGCAGUAGUAGAGUAUCAACAGCAAAAGCGCCACUAUCAGACGAUUCAACCACUGAGACGGCUGAACGACGUCAAGAGGACGGAUCAGUGUGCUACAAUUAACGGACGUCAGCAACGGCUGCAGUCCCGACCAUCACAUUUCGGUGGUGACGUGCAAGAAGAAACGCCCGUCACCUGAUCGCAGAUGAAUGCGACGAGAGACACAGGGCUACUACGUAGCGUUCUGGUAACACAGUAGCCAUACAUGGUGGCGCGAAGUCAAAGCGUCUAGCGAACUAGCAGCUAACGCUCAGUCGUUUCUUUCUGUGCUGUUUUUUCAAUACGAGACCUUGUAAGAAGCUUCGACAGUAACGUGGCGGUGGCUUCCCGAAAAAAUGCCCUGUUUAGUGGACUGAGGGCAAUAGUUUGAUUCGAUCCAAGGCGCGUACUUACGACCUGGCGCGCUCGUCGCAAAGACACGCCAGCAUAAGUAAACACCUGUAUUGAUGCACCUUAUCGUCCGAAGUGUCGUAGCCGGUUUGAAUAUGAGCCGCGGUCGUUUAACAUCGCUAUUGAUGUUGUUGCUGCAUGAUGAUUAUUGGUCACAUUGAUUUGUAAUGGCCUAUAAUGUGCUAGAUUUCUAAAAUCAACGGAGUCAGAGGAAGAUCUAUAUACGACGCUGCUAUUGUCAUAUAUAACCCAGAAUUGUACUGUCCAAUUCUUAUCUAGCCCUUACUGUGUUGUCCUGAAUUCAUCGUCAGGUGACGGAUUCAAUCGAUCGAAACCGUUAACAUUUACGAUAGGUGAGAACAAUUCAAUAAGUGUGUAUCCCUCAAGGUAUCUACGCAUGCAUGCGAAAAGUUGUGGUCGGAUCGACAAGUGUUGUGAAAGUGUAUUAAAGAGUAUAUUGUCGAUCGAUCUAUUGUAUUUGAGAAAACAGUAUGGCUCGAGGUGUCGACGACUCUAAACAAAGAACUCCACAAACAAAGAUAUAUCGUGUUUCAGGCACAACAAUGUCGAAGUUCGUGACAUCAAUAUUACAUACCCCUCGUCUGUCCAGAUCGCCUCUUCUCGGCCGUAAGCGGGACAAAUCGGCAGGUGACCUUACGCCAUGUUUCACUCCUGGUUUUAUGACACCGCUAACCUUUGACGACUCCAAAAACGAGGAAGUGAAGGGUGGUCAGUGCGAGGAUGGCUCCGGUGGUAACAAUUCGGUGAACAAACUUCUCACAGCCACGGCAGCUCUUUUGCACCAACACAAAGAAAAACAGGACAAACAAGAAAAACAGGACCGCGACCGUGUUGAACGGGAACGUAUUGACAAACGUGAGCGUGAGGAGCGCAAUGAACGAGAUCGAGUGAGACGGACCCGCGAAGCUUGGCCCGCUGAUAAAGAUGCCUACGAACUCGGCGAGAUUAUUGGCAUUGGAGCUACCGCCGUUGUGCACGCGGCCUUCUGUCGGCCUCGGGGUGAGCGAUGUGCGAUUAAGCGUAUUAACCUCGAGAAAUGCAACACCUCAAUGGACGAACUGUUGAAAGAGAUCCAAGCAAUGCGAGCGUGCAGUCAUCCCAAUGUUGUUUCUUACUAUACCUCAUUCGUUGUAGGCGAUGAACUAUGGCUAGUGAUCAAGCUUUUAGCUGGCGGCAGUCUUCUCGAUAUCAUCAAGCAUCAAAUGAAGGCUGAGGACUGCACACAUGGAGUGUUCGACGAAGCUACCAUUGCCACUGUACUUCGCGAAGUACUGAAAGGCCUGGAGUACUUCCAUCAUAACGGACAAAUCCACCGAGACAUCAAGGCUGGCAAUAUCCUGCUAGGUGAGGAUGGCACCGUACAAAUUGCCGACUUCGGUGUAUCUGCAUGGAUUAAUACUGAUUCAUUCUGCCGCACGAAAUCUCGACACACGUUUGUGGGUACUCCAUGUUGGAUGGCACCUGAAGUUAUGGAACAAGUUACGGGAUAUGACCAUAAAGCGGAUAUCUGGAGCGUAGGUAUAACCGCGCUCGAACUCAUCACUGGCUCCGCUCCUUACGCCAAAUACCCGCCAAUGAAGGUUCUUAUGCUCACCUUACAAAACGAUCCACCGAGUCUCGACACUAUCGCUUCAGAUAAAGACCAAUAUAAGACGUAUGGCAAGACAAUCCGAAAAAUGAUCACUGAUUGUCUGCAGAAGGACCCGGACAAGCGGCCGACCGCGUCUGAAUUACUACGUCAUCCGUUUUUCAAGAAGGCUAAGGACAAGCGAUACCUAACGCAAGCGCUGCUUCUCUGCACCCCCGGUAUGAACCAGCGAGCACAAAAGCUACGAAGAUCACGCCGAGGCAGUGAAGCAUUUGCCCUCAAGUACGCAAGCCAUAGACGGGGCUCCGUGAAUCCUGACACAGGUGAUUGGGUCUGGUCCGAAGAAGAGGAAAUUGAGGACAUUACUGAAGGAGAUUCGGAAGAUUCCGACGACAGUGACACACCAUUGCAUGUCGCUUCUCCGGAAGAAAAAGCUCUUAGGCAGAAGGCCAUUGAAAUGGCUAAUCGAGAAAACACCUCGUCAUCGGACGAAGAAAGCGAGCACGCGCGUCUUAGGGAUCAUGCGACUAUAGAAAGACGUCGCGCCGACCGAGCCGCUGCGAGGCAGAUCGCAACCGCCGCCGGCAUCAAUAAUAGCAGCCUCAAUAAGACAACACAAGAAAGCGGCAAUGGCAAAAGGAAAAAGCAAAUUCCUGAACAAACGGAGCACACUGUAGUCGACGUGCCAAAAAUUGUUGUCAAUGAUGAAGCCGAACUCAAUCUUGCUCUUCGGAUUCGUAACAAACGAAAGGAGUUAAAUGAUAUUAAAUUCCAAUUUCUCAAGUCGCGUGACAGCCCUCAAGAAUUAGCAGCUGAAUUGGUUGGCGCAGGCCUGGUUCCUGAUCAGGAUCAAGAUGUUGUAUUGCAAAGCCUCCAGAAAUUGGUAGAGGACCCUCAACAGGGGAAGUCAAUUGUGUUCCCUCUGGCACCCUCUGAUGCAUGGCCUGAGCCCGAUCAACAGCGCCUUGUAGGCUACGCACAGAUUAAGAUUAUUGGAUGAGCGUUUGCCGCAUUGCCACAGCAGCUUUGAGGGUAUGAAUAAUUUGGCCACCUCUUUUUUUGAAAUAACUUAUGAUAUUCCGCCAUAAUACGUAAUCUCUAGCUGCAACAAUUUAAGUUACGUCGCCCAGAAACGUACAAAAAUUCGUUAAAAACGGCAAGAUUUGACAAGUCACAGCAUAAUGGAUAACAAUUUGUUGGGUUGUGUGCAGAAAUCGCAAUAUAUGCUACUUAUUGGAAAAACAGCUUGAAAUUGGCAUUAAUAGCACAAGUGUUUAUUCUCAAAAUAACUUAAACGCCUAUUUAUAUUUGUACUACGCACUUUUGAGACAGCACCAGGAAUUGUAUCUGUCAAACAAAAGUUGAUCCGUAUUACAUAAGCGAUGCCUCGCGAAUGUUGCCCUGACCUGAUCUAUACAUAAAUGGAUCACAUGAAAACAUCGUGGCAUAUCAUUGUUCUAUAAAUGUUAUAUCUAUGCAUUUAUUUGAGUAAAACUAGAUCAAAGUGUGGCCACGACAAGAAGAGGAUUGAGGGUAACUAAAUACAAUGAACAAAAUUUACUGUCGAUGACUAAUGAGAUUACUUUUGAUGUCAACCCAACACGUUUGUUUUAUUCAAUCUGAUAUUUCGCUUAGUUUCUAUAUAUACACGAUUUUUCUAUGACAAAACCCAUGUCAUACGUGUCGUGCUGCUGGCGAACGUUGAAAGCUCUUUAUCCAUCAUAAACUUCACAACUUCCAUUGUAGCAAACUAUGAACCAAGGCGAAAAAAUCGAUUACUUGCUUGCAUCAAGUCACUGAGAUGUCAACGUGUGCCUUUAUUGACAUUUUUUGGGAGUUGAUAUUUGAUUUGUAUACUGUCAAUGAAAUCUACGUCCCAUUUGGUGAUGGUGGUAAAAGUUCAUAUGUUUCAUGUGAUGAUAUUAGAUGAAUAUAAUUUUAAAAAAGUAACUGCUAUCGAUAGUAUGUAUUUAGAGCUAUCUUUAGGCAGUUUGACGUAAAGCUUCGCCCAGCGGCAUUAUGAAAAGCUAUACUUGUGAGAAAUGUGUUGUCAAAUAUGUUGAAAAUAAAUUAUAUCUGUUCG